AUGCCUCGCAAUGUUCGCCUGGCCGCUGCCCAGAUGGGGGCAACCCAUCUCACCGACCCCAGAGAGAAGACGCUGUGCCGAAUGCUGAAACUGCUAGAAGACGCGGCCUCCCAGGGGGCCCAAGUAGUGGUUUUUCCAGAGACAGCAUUCACCACGUUCUUCCCCCGGCACCUGUUCCUCGACGAAGAGGAGCUGGAGUCCUGGUUUGAGCACGGCGAUGUCCGCAUCGCGCCGAAUACUAAGCCCCUGUUCGACCGCGCGCAGCAGCUGGCGGUCGAUAUCUGCGUCGGUUUUGCCGAGGCCACCGACGACGGCCAGCACUUCAACUCGUGCGUCUACUACCACGCGAAGUCGGGCUCUAUCCUGUCGAAGUACCGCAAGAUCCAUCUUCCCGGUGAUUUCGAACCCUUUCCCGAUCCCAACGCCAUCAACCAGCUGGAGAAGCGCUACUUCAAGCCCGGAGAUCUCGGCUUCCAGGCUUUUCGGGUGCCUGGAUUGUGUCCCUCGGCUGACCGGGGAGACCCCAUCUUUGGCAUGAUGAUAUGCAACGACCGUCGAUGGGCCGAAUCGUGGCGUGUUCUCGGCCUGCAGGGUGUCGAGGUCGUUCUCUGCGGCUACAACACGGCUGGCUGGGCCCCUGAGCUUUGGGGAUCGUCCAAAGAUCAGGAUCCAGUCGAGGCAGAGCGGACAGCUCUCUUUCACCACAAGCUGGUGAUGCAGGCCCAUUCCUACACCAAUGCCACGUUCUCGGUGAGCGCUGCCCGGUGCGGGCUGGACGAUGGCAAAUACCCGUUGAUCGCUGGAUCCUGCAUUGUCGGGCCAGAGGGAAACAUCCUGGCUGAAAGCAGGACCAAAGAAGACGAGGUUAUCAUCGCCGACUGCGACCUCGAUCUGUGCCGGCAGGGCAAGCAAAGAACCUUUGACUUUGCACGACAUCGCCGCAUCGAGCAUUAUUCGCGAAUCACCGCCCAGACAGGCGUCAUCGAGCCGCCACGGCUCGACGUGAGUGCUGAGAGCCCAAGCAGUGACUAUGUUCUCGUCAAUCGCACGUGUCCUUCGAGCAAGACGAACAGCAAGAAGAUUCGCAUCCUGCUAUGCAACCCGAAUUCGACUAGGUUCAUGACGUAA